AUGAGAGGGGAAAAUCGUCUGGAUUUGCUUGACAAUGUUAUUCGUCCGAGCUCAGAUCGAGGCAAGGACCGGGCGGAGAAUGCAGUUGAUCACCUGGCUAAUGAUAGGGACAUCUUUCUCUACGUGUCGACUGUUGGAAUUUCGUCAGGAUAUCUCUCGGCUUCGCAGGGAGACUUUCGAGCUUUAGACGAGGGCUGA